UAUGGGUCAAAGGUGGAUGGCGAAGGCCGUGGCAAGUAAAGCCUGGGCCAGACAACACCAGUCAUGUCUUUGAUAAUUAUUAUUCUACAUUCAAUUUUUUUAUUACAUUUUUUUAUUGUAAGUAGUAAGUGAUUUUAUUAUUAUUUCAAAGGGAAAUUUAAGUUGGUGUGUUAUGAUUUUUUUCUCAGAAUAUUUUGACAUACAGGCUAUCACAAAAAAUACCAGGGAUAAUAUAUUUUUUUUCUUAGAAUUAAUAUUAUGUUAAACCUUUAAAUUGCAUGUUCUAUUUUAAAGUAAAAGUAACUUUUAAUCAAGCAGCAGCUUUAAUCGUUUCUUCCUCGAUGGCUUCAUUAACGGAACUUUACUGACACCUGGCGGUGGAGAUGUGAAUCACUCCUGUGUUUGUUUACAGGAGGAAGCGGCUCUCGUCUCUUGUCUGCAGGUCGAGUUUAAGCACAGGAUGGACUCGAGUGGAAAACCCUCCACAGCACAGAUAGUGGUUUUAGCCACUAGCUCCGCCUUGACCGCCAUCUUCUACUCCAUUUACAGAAACAGAGCGAAAGCUGUCGCCAGUUUACAGGAAGCUAAAAAAGUCUCCAUCGAUCAGGACUUGAAAAACAUCUUGUCGGAAACUCCUGGAAGAUGCGUCCCAUACGCCGUCAUUGAAGGGGUGGUUCGGUCUGUGAAGGACACGCUGAGCAGCCAGUUUGUGGAGAACUGUAAAGGCGUGGUGGAGAGGCUGACGCUGAAGGAGGAAAAGAUGGUGUGGAAUCGCACCACACACCUGUGGAACAGCACGGAAAAGGUCAUCCACCAGCGGACCAACACGGUUCCUUUUGCGCUCGGGUCUCACGAUGAAGACAUCAGCACCACCGUCCGGGUCAUUCGUCCCUUAGACGCUGCAGAGUUGGACUUGGAGACGACCUACGAGAACUUCCAUCCCUCAGCUCAGUCUCUGUCCACCGUCAUCGGUCACUUCAUCAGCGGGGAGCGGCCCAAGGGCAUCCACGAGACGGAGGAGAUGCUGCGCGUGGGGGACAGUGUGACUGCAGUGGGGGAGCUGGUCCUAGAUAACAACCUGAUCAAGCUCCAACCCCCCAAAGCGGGUCUCUGCUACUUCCUCACUCGGACGGACUUCGAGUCUCUCCUGAGAAAGCAGGUGAACGGCGUCCGUCUGUGGAGGAUUCUGACCGUGGUGUUCGGGCUGGCUGCCUGCUCCACGCUCCUCUUCGUGCUGUGGAGGCGAUACGUGCACAGCAGGCAGAGCAGGAAGGAGAGGAGCAUGCUGGAGGAGUUCAAGGAGCAGCAGCGGAGGAGGAUGCGUGAACUCAACCUGGAGGAAAGCAGCGUGUCUCCGUCCAGCUGCACCGUGUGUCUGAGCCGCCAGCGCUCCUGUGUCUUUCUAGAAUGUGGUCAUGUGUGCGCCUGUGCCGAGUGCUACGAGAGUCUGACCGAGCCAAAGAAGUGUCCCAUCUGCAGGGCGCCCAUCGAGAGGGUGGUGCCUCUUUACACCAGUUAGUCUGUAGUGUGUUUCUUUGUGUGCUGGGGAAUCGUUGAAUCUUAAGAAAUGGUCAAUAAACUUGUAGCGUUGA